AUUUCAGGUCCUUCAGCAAUAGACUGGCAAAUUGUCUAGGGUCAGCAAUAGCACACCUUGCCCCCUGGUGGGUAUUGAGGUGAAGCACAGUCUGGUCAGUUAUAAUGUUCAGUUAAGUGUGCUUGUAUGUCUUGCUCUUUAUUUCUUUAUUAUUAUUAUUAUUAUUAUUCGUUCUCUUUUUCUUUGCUAUUGUGAUGGUAUAUGUUUUACGUUCUUGUAUCUGGCCCUCUGAUGCCUUGUCAACUGAUGUUAACUAGGAGUUUCCUCUAUUUGUUUUUUGCAGACCCUAACGGCAGUAGCCUCUUUUCUAACGGAACCAAAUCUGGAUGGAAGCCUCUGUUGUCUGCCUUUGAUCUGUACACAAUUGGCCAUGGGUUAAGGGAUUUUAUCUUCCUUUCAUCUGUGUAUAGCAGGUGUCAAACAUUUCAAAGGCAUGGCAUGAAUACUCAGGAUUCCCAAAAUACACCAUACAGAUGAAGCUUUGCUGAAUGUACAUGUGUUUAAUCUGUAAGUUUCUGUGUAGGAAUUGUCUCUACAACAUUUAAGCUUAGGUUUGAUCACCGCUUUGUCCACUUAAGGUUUAAACGUGACAAUGACAACAACACUUAGUGUAUCAGUGUUGCUGUAUCCUUUAAAAAUAGGUAGAAAGUGGUGGUUUCCUUUUCCCUCUUGUUUCUUUCAAUAUUUUAAGAGGGUAUGUGGAAAGCGAAAUUGAUGACGUCAUCUCUACAACCAGAAGAUUAUGUGCUGUAGAAAUCCUAAGAUUAAGAGAUCAGUUAUCCAGUUAUUAUUUUAUUUUUCUUAGCUUCUCUAACACUGUUAUCGCUUUAAAAGACAACACAAGAUAUACAACCUAACUAAAUUAACAAGUGCCCUGGUGAUUAUGGGACAGUGCAGUAACAUAGCAGCAGCAGCAGAAGAGGAGCUGCGGUGCCUCGUCCUUCACUAAGAAGAUCCCGAAAGCCGGAGCCACCACCGCGAAACCCCCCAUACAGCCAUGGCAGAUAACGCCGGCUUGGAAAACCACCGCAUCAAGAGCUUUAAAAACAAGGGACGGGAUGUCGAGACUAUGAGAAGACAUCGAAAUGAGGUGACAGUUGAGUUAAGAAAGAACAAACGAGACGAGCAUUUACUGAAGAAGAGGAAUGUCCCGCAGGAAGAGAGUCUGGAGGAUUCUGACGUUGACUCAGACUUCAAAGGACAAAAUGUCACGCUUGAUGCCAUCUUACAGAAUGCUACCAGUGAUAAUGCAGUGAUUCAGCUCAGUGCUGUACAGGCAGCCAGAAAACUACUCUCCAGUGACAGAAACCCUCCAAUCGACGACUUGAUAAAGUCUGGAAUUCUGCCCAUUUUAGUCAAAUGCCUGGAAAGGGACGACAACCCCUCUCUUCAGUUUGAAGCAGCAUGGGCUCUGACCAACAUUGCGUCUGGGACUUCAGCACAGACCCAGGCUGUGGUUAAAUCCAAUGCUGUUCCACUGUUUCUGCGACUGCUACAAUCCCCUCAUCAAAAUGUUUGUGAACAAGCUGUAUGGGCUUUAGGAAACAUCAUAGGUGAUGGUCCACAGUGCAGAGAUUAUGUCAUCUCUCUGGGGGUUGUCAAACCGUUGCUGUCCUUCAUCAACCCAUCAAUUCCAAUAACGUUCCUUCGCAACGUAACAUGGGUCAUUGUUAACCUGUGUCGCAACAAGGAUCCCCCACCACCCAUGGAGACUGUGCAGGAGAUUUUACCAGCCCUGUGUGUGCUCAUAUAUCACAUCGAUAUAAAUAUACUAGUAGAUACAGUGUGGGCUCUGUCCUAUCUGACGGACGGAGGUAAUGAGCAGAUCCAGAUGGUCAUCGACUCUGGGGUUGUUCCUUUUCUUGUUCCACUUCUAAGUCAUCAGGAGGUAAAAGUUCAGACGGCAGCUCUGAGAGCAGUGGGGAACAUUGUGACGGGAACAGACGAGCAGACACAGGUUGUGCUCAACUGUGAUGUCCUCUCACACUUCUCCAAUUUACUUACACACCCUAAGGAAAAAAUAAAUAAGGAAGCAGUUUGGUUCCUCUCCAACAUCACAGCUGGCAACCAACAGCAGGUUCAGGCUGUUAUAGAUGCAGGAUUGAUUCCUAUGAUCAUUCACCAACUGGCAAAGGGUGACUUUGGCACUCAGAAGGAAGCAGCGUGGGCCAUCAGCAACCUUACCAUCAGUGGGAGGAAAGACCAGGUGGAGUUCCUGGUGAAGCAGGAAGUCAUCCCACCUUUCUGUAACCUGUUGUCAGUAAAGGACUCACAGGUGGUACAGGUGGUUCUGGACGGCCUCAAGAACAUCUUAAUCAUGGCAGGAGAGGAAGCCAGCACUAUCGCAGAGAUCAUCGAGGAGUGUGGUGGUUUGGUGAAGAUAGAAAAUCUGCAGCAGCAUGAGAAUGAGGAUAUUUAUAAACUAGCCUUUGAGAUAAUCGAUCAGUACUUUUCAGGAGAUGAUAUUGAUGAAGAUCCCAGUUUGAUCCCAGAACCUACUCAAGGAGGAACCUACACUUUCGACCCAGCUUCCAACAUGCAAACAAAGGAGUUUAAUUUCUAAAAAAAAAAAAAGUAAAAGAAAAGCCAGGAUAUUUGGGUUCAGCCAGCUGCACGGGGGACUCUGUAUUUACCCCAGCCAUCAUCCAUCUGUCCUCCAAACCUGGCAACCUCCUGGCACUGAAGGAUUUACUUAGCAUCAUUCAAACUCCCCACUGAAGGAUUUAACCCACCUCUGCACUGGGGGGUGUUGUUUUUUCCCCCUCUUCCUUCACACAACACUGCAACAUUCAGGAUUUGUGCUCACAAAUACGGCACCAUGACCAUCUAGCAAAACCUGCAUCAGGGGAAUUCUCUGGAGUUUUUUUUUCUCCUCUGCCAGUGCUUCAAAAAAUAUCACACAAAAAUGAAAACCAGAAACGAGAAGAAGCCUUCGGAGCAAGAUCUUAUUGCCAAAUGGUUAUGUCCUCAAAAAGACAACAACAGAUUUACACACAAAGACACACACACUUUUUUGACACUUAGGAUCUGUGUGUAUACUUCAGUUUGAAGGCAUCAUAUCACUUCGGGGGCAAGAAUAUACUGCUGUUUGUUUUGUUUCUUAUUUUGUGCUUACCCUCCUCCUGGAUUGUCCUUUGUUUUUUACUUUAUCCACAUGCACGCACACCAUUUAUUCAAGUAUUCAAACACCAACACAUUUAGUCACACUGACGCCUGAUGGCCUAGGUCACCUUAAAUAAUAAAAGAAACAACUUCUAUCAAGUACGAAGAGUUGCAAGACUCUUGGUGUUUGAAGAAUGAAGCCAUGAAUCAUCAACAGACACUCCUCAAAUGAGUUCCUGGGACAGGUGGACGGCUCAGUAAAGGGCUCUAAAAGCAAACGGAGGACUCCAUGGAAAACUGACUGGAUUGACUCCUGACUUGAUGUGACCUCUAUUCAGUUGUCACACCUAAAAAAAAAAAGGAAAAUCAAAAAUGUGAAGAAAAUAACAUAAGAAAGUCCCCUCUACAAACAGCAGAAAUGACCUGCUAUGCUGUCUCUGCAUCUAAGUGUCGGACACCACAGACUAGCUUUUAUUUUUUUAUCUUUUUUUUCUGGCAGUGAGGGGAUGAAACCCGUGGAGCAUGGAGGCACCACUUAGGUGAAGACUCAGAGACAUAAGAGAGAAAAGGAAGUUGUCAGCUGUAGCCUUUUUCCCCUAACAGGACAAAUAACCAUGUCUGCAGUAUGAGCUGGGGUUGUGAUCCAGUAUACUGUGUGCUCGGGACUCCCCUGUAAUGUGAAACCUCCACAGAAGGGAGGGUGGAGGGAGGUUGAAACUUUAAAUCAAUUGGAAUUUGCUUCUUUUAAGAAAUCCCUUUAUUCAACGAUUUUAAUAUCAGGCUGAAUCUGUGGAGCUCUCGUUAUAUUUUGUUGUACUUUUUUUUUUUUUUUUUAUCAUUUUUCUUCUCUUCAGUCUUAUGCACACUUGUCAGCAGCACAUCCAUGUCUGCCCAGAGAAAAGGAGUUUAAUGUUUAAAGAGUACAGGUUCCUGACGUUAACUUCAACUUUUGGAUGGAGAGGUCACAUCAUGGUCAUCACUCGAUUUGAAUAACUGUAAAAAUGUGAUGUGUUAUCUCUUUUCUCCUCCUCGCCGUCUAAUGAAUAUAUACAUAUAUUUACACAAAGCCUGUACAAAGCUGCUGCAGCUGACACUCACUGAACGGACGAUGACCUUGUCAAAGAUGUACAAGGAAGUUUUCCUGGAAUCUGUUGGAGCAAUAGUUUGUUUUAUUUUUAUUUUUUAUUUCACACCUGCUUGUAUAGUGACAAGUUGGAUCAGGCUGUGUUUUUCCCCUCUUCAUGGUGGUGAUGGGCUCUUUUUAAAAAAGAAAAACCAACCAAAAAAAAAAAAAAAGUACCGUCCCAUGUCCCAUGUCCCAGUUGGUGUGUAGGAUCUGGUUUGAGGUGUAAUACUGACUCAGACCCUAGUCCUUGUCUGGAAGACUGAUCCUCUGUAUGGCUGCUAACUACUGAGAGGGGGUCAGAGUAAGGGAGGGUAACACAUUAGGGGGUUUUAAAUAUUGUGUUGGGUUGUUAUAAGCAGCCCAUGCUUGUUUUUUUGGGGGGGCGACUAGCUGUUUAUUACUGAACAAAAAAAUCCUUAGACGGGGUGUACAGUCAUGAACUAGCAGAAUAGACCGAGCCACUUUAAAGAUUUACAAUUUUGUUGCCUUGUAUCCAAACUGGAUACAAGCUUGUGUUUGUUGCAAGAUUUUUACUUGCUAAUGAAAAAAGUUGUUUUAAAUAUGAAAAAAAAAAUAAUAAUAAUGGGAGAAAAGCAACAGACAGCGUUUUGGCCUCUGAUUGUUUAUAUCUUUUUAUAAAUUUUAGAUUGAAUUCUUCUCUUUAAGGUGGCUCAUUGAUGCUUUCAACUCUUGUGCAUAUUAAAGAAAAGAAUGAGUUGAAAAAUCAUUGUGCCUUUUGUUGUUCAUUUCAAAUGAAACUUCAGUUUUAUUAAACCGAUUGGACAACUGGAGAAAGUUGUGGCUUCUUCCACUGUGGUGGAGUUAAACAGACGAUCCAGUAUUUUCUGAUGA